AUGGUAGGUGCAAAGGUUAUCCUUCCAUGGAUGAUGAUUAACAUAUACCAGGCACAAACACCACAGCAACGUCGAGCAAACGACCGCUUCGCAAAGACCGAGGCCGCGAAGAGAGGAAAAGCGCCAACCACAAUUAAACCGAAGAAGAACACAAAGUCACCCCUUUCAGCAACCUGGGUUGUGUUACUCGCAUUUGUUGUUUGCGGCGGUCUUCUCCUAGAGCUCUUACGAAUUGUCCCUGAACUCUGGUCCACUGUGGCCACAUGGUUCACCCGGAUCACAGGAUAA